CUCCAGAACAUGUCCAAUUCCACCACUUUCCACCCUGACUUCUUCCUCUUAAUAGGGAUUCCUGGUCUGGAGAAUUCCCACCUUCUGCUCGCCAUCGUAUUUAGUUUCAUGUAUAUUUUAGGUGUAGCAGCCAACUCCAUGUUGAUAGCGGUGAUCUCCGUUCAUGAAAGCCUUCACCAGCCCAUGUACUUCUUCCUUGUCAUGUUGGCGGUGGGAGACCUCGUUCUAAGCUCCACCACAGUCCCGAAGACCCUCUGUAUUUUUUGGUUUGGUUCUCAUGAAAUUUCAUUCAACGGCUGCUUGGUGCAAAUAUUCUUCAUUCACUUUAUCUGCAUGACGGAGUCGGCCAUUUUGCUUGCUAUGGCGUAUGAUCGCUACAUCGCCAUCUGUUACCCUCUGUCCUACGUGACGACACUCAAUGUGUCCUUUGUUAGGACUGUUGUUUCAGUUUCAGUGACCAGAAGUGUGUUUAUAAUGAUCCCAGUCAUCCUUCUACUCUGGAGGUUACCAUACCAAGGCAAUAACGUCAUAGAACACACCUACUGCGAACACAUGGCCAUGGCUAGACUGGCCACCACAAGCAUACUGAUCAACAUCAUCUAUGGUAUGGUCAUUAUUAUUCUGACCUCUGUGAUAGAUUUAUUUCUUAUUGGGUUGUCCUAUGUUUCCAUCGUUCAGGCCGUCAUGAGACUCUCCACUGCAGAGGCCCGGCACAAGACGUCAAGCACCUGUGUGUCCCACCUUUGUGUCAUCACCUUACUGUAUGUCCCGGCCUUCUUCUCCUUCAUAGCCCACAGGAUCCCUCACAACAGUAUCCCACCCUAUGUCCAUAUCCUGGUGGCCAAUCUCUAUGUGAUUGCCCCCCCAAUGCUGAACCCCAUCAUCUAUGGAGUUAGGACAAAGGAGAUUCAACAAAAGGCCAUCAAGAUGUUUACUGGAAAAUUCAUUGACUAUCGCUAA